AUGUACGAUCCGACUGGAACCGUACUGCUGGAGUCCAAGGAUGAAGACGUUGAAAUACAUGUUCGUGACUCCAUGACUACGUCAACAUUGUCCUCUCCAGCAGACGCUGACGAUGUGGCCGGCAGUAUGGCCAGGAGUCUUACUCAGAUGGACGAAGUAGCAUUUCUAGGCUUUGUCGUUCAGUUGACGGCCUUGCCAUCUGUUUCACCCGGAGACUUCGAAACUGCUGUGGAUGGUCUCAAAAAAAUAUCGUCUUCGAGGAUGCGUAAUCCGUUUCAAGCCGUACGUGUGAUAGACACUUGCGCCGGCAUUGUUCAGCAUGAAGAUUUCUCAAGGCUCGACCUGCUCCGUUCUCUUGUACUAGUCGUUCAAAGCUGUGUGCGUCGAACGCAGCAGUCUUUGUCGAGUGGGAAGGAGAUAAAGGAUUCCUUGGCUCGGUUCUACGGCGCAGCGGCGGAUACAAUAGCAGCAUCCUCGGGUUCCGAUUCUCGCAAUUUGCAGACUUCGGAAGGAGACGGUGACCCCAUGGGCGACGUCAGGACGGCAGCUUCCCAAGAUUUGUUUCUUGUGCUUGCUAUGGGAGCAGAAUGUGGUGCUGCUGCGCGGGUAGCUGUUCCUCGAUUAAGCGCUGCCUCCAGCACUCAAAAAGAAAGUGAUUCCAAUAAUUCACUUUUCGACGACUACAGGGUUGGUAUAAACUGCUUUGGCGGUCAAGUCAGGUCCUUAUCGCCAGAUCCACCUCUUUUAGAGAUCUGCCGUGGAGAGCCAGGGAGAAAUACGGGAGUUAAUGCAGGGGUGGAGAUUUUUACCGCCGCCGAAAGACAUGAAACAUGCGAUCGCGACCUGCCAACAGAAACAUUGCAAGGACCAACGCUGUAUGUCGAAACGCUCCAGUGGGGCGGCGAUGGAACACAGGACCUGGGUUUGGUCAAAUCGAACCCUAAGGGCGAGUGUUUCAGAUCAACUGUCUCUGUGUUUGGCAUGAAAGGGAAUGAGGAGGACUCUCGCUUUAAAGACGGAAACAGGAUUACAUGUCGCAACGCCGGAAAGAUUUUCGUCCAUGAGGCCAAAGCAGGAUCUGAGGCUGGGUUUGAAAACGCAACAACUACUGAUGUGAGCGAUUUCCAGCUUCACCCCACCGGUCGUAUAAGUGCCUCAGCAGAGCACUCGCACCCUGCUGCAAUUCGAAUGGAGGUGAAUGGUACUCUGCUACGGGCGUGUUUAGACCUCUCUACCCUUGAAGGCAGCCGUGGUUCAGGUCUGGCUGUCAUGCUGGCAUCUGUGUUGGGGGGUAUUGUCGCUUUCUUUGUGGUGUUGGCUGUGAUUGCCUUGUACUUAACGUCAUGCUCCGAUCGCUUCGAGACCUUCACGGUACCAACCAGUGCUGCCCAAAUGAGCUCGCCUACGACCGACUCUACUUUUUACGUCUCUCGAGGUGAUUCAUCUACGUUACAUUCUCGUGACGGGAGCGGGGUCCCCAAUGAAUGGGAAGCUGAAUAUGCGUCUCUUAGUGCCAUCGCCGAUCGAACUAUUGAUUCCGAUCCCGAACGGGAACAGAAUGGAACGGAACAAAAUAGCUCUACGUCAAGAAAACGUGAGACACAGGAGUCAGACGGCUUCUUGUCGAGGGGAACAUUCCAAGGUUUCGAACGCCCCUCGUUAACCGAUACCCAUGGUAUUAUCCCUUGGAUGUCCAACAGCAGCUCGUCUUAUGCGUAUCGCAGUCGACAGAUUGACUUUUUGGGGAGUACUUCGUCCUCAGAAGACGACUAUGUUGUACCCGACACAUACGGCCGGAGUGGGGAGCAUUUCCCAUGA